AUGGCGCUCUCCAGCUACCUCGUCCUGGCGCUGACGAUGUUCGCGAGUACAUACGCAUCCCUACAACCCCGACAAUCCUCCACUGUAACCGUCGACUUGACCAAAACGUACCAGACCAUAGAUGGCUUCGGUAUAUCGGAAACCUUUCAACGCGCGAAUCAGAUGCAUGCCCUCUCUCUCUCACUCCAACGCUACGCCCUUGACCUGCUCUUCAACCGCACGUCCGGCGCCGGCUUCUCUAUCUUGAGAAAUGGGAUCGGUUCGUCUCCAGACUCCAGCAGCGACCACAUGGUUUCCAUUCAACCCACGAAUCCCGGGGGUCCGAAUGCGACGCCGAAAUAUGUGUUUGACGGCAAUGACAACAGCCAGGUCUGGGUUAGCACCGAAGCAGUGAAGACGUAUGGCUUGCGCACUGUAUAUGCAAAUGCGUGGUCGGCACCAGGAUACAUGAAAACGAACAACAACGAUGCAAAUGGGGGAUCUCUUUGUGGGGUUUCCGGCGCCACUUGUUCGAGCGGGGAUUGGAAGCAAGCGUACGCCAACUAUCUGGUUCAGUACAUCACUUACUACAAGAACAUCGGGGUGGACAUCACGCAUCUGGGUUUCCUGAACGAACCAGAUCUUACGACAAGCUAUGCCAGCAUGAGGAGCAACGGGCAGCAAGCCGCAGACUUCAUCAAAGUAUUGCGACCAACACUCGACAAAGCGAACUUUACGAGCGUAAAGGUUACGUGCUGUGACGCCGAAGGAUGGAGCAGUCAGCAGAGUAUGAUGAGUGCACUAAAUAGCGUGAGUAGCCUGUUGGGUACAAUCACCGCACACUCCUACACAUCCCAACCCAACAGUCCCAUAAACACACCCCACCACGUCUGGCAAACCGAAAACGCCGACCUCCAAGGCGCAUGGACAACAGUCUUCUACACCAACAACGGCGCAGGCGAGGGCCUAAACUGGGCAACCAAAAUCCACACUGCCCUCACAACCGCCAACGCUUCGGCAUAUCUAUACUGGAUCGGCGUCCAAGGCGGCGCAACAAACAGCAAGCUAAUCCGUAUCUCCGAUGACAAAACAUCAGUCAUACCGAGUAAGCGUCUCUGGGCAUUCGCGAAUUGGAGUAGACAUGUAAGACCCGGUGCUGUGAGGGUGGGGGCGAGUGGUGGACCGAGCGGAAGUCGGGUUAGUGCGUUUAGGAAUGUGGAUGGGAGUUUGGCGGUGCAGGUUAUACAAGGAGGGACGGUGACGGGUGCCGUUACGGUUAGGGCGAGUGGUUUUGUUGCUACGGCGGCGAAGGCAUGGAUCACGGAUAAUGGGCAUGAUUGCGAUGAGAUUGUGGCGACAUUGGCGGCGGAUGGGGGUAGUGUUAAUGCGCAGGUGCCGGGGAGGAGUAUGGUGACUUUUGUGUUGAGUCCGGCGGCUUAG